CUCUUACUGCGGCUGCGCGCUCCGAGAGGCUUCUCACGGCCCCGCCGCCCCCGCCGCCAGCUGUCGCCGGGCUCAGGUCCCUGCGGUCACUCCUUGAGGGGCAGGAUGGCCUGGUGCGCAGUCCUGCUGCUUGGCUUGGUCCUGGGGACAGGCGCCGUGCCACUGGAUGACGCGGAGGACGGCGGCAAGCACUGGGUGCUCAUCGUGGCUGGCUCCAAUGGCUGGUACAACUAUAGGCACCAGGCAGACGCGUGCCACGCCUACCAGAUUGUCCACCGCAACGGUGUCCCCGACGAGCAGAUCGUGGUGAUGAUGUAUGACGACAUUGCCAACGACACGUCCAACCCCACCCCAGGCGUCGUGGUCAACAGGCCCAACGGCUCGGACGUCUACAAGGGCGUCCUGAAGGACUACACUGGUGAGGACGUCACCCCAGAAAUCUUCCUCGCUGUGCUGAGAGGUGACGCAGAAGCAGUGAAGGGAAAAGGUUCUGGAAAAGUCUUGAAGAGCGGCCCCCGAGACCAUGUCUUUGUGUACUUCACUGACCACGGAGCCCCGGGGCUGCUGGCCUUCCCUAAUGACGAUCUAAACGUGAAGGACCUGAACAAGACCAUCCACUUCAUGUACAAACACAAGAAGUACCAGAAGAUGGUGUUCUACAUCGAAGCCUGCGAGUCCGGGUCCAUGAUGAAGCACCUGCCCAAUGACAUCAAUGUGUAUGCCACUACCGCUGCCAACCCCAGCGAGUCCUCCUAUGCCUGCUACUACGACGAGGAGCGGGGCACGUACCUGGGGGACUGGUACAGCGUUAACUGGAUGGAGGACUCCGACGUGGAGGACUUGACGAAGGAGAGCCUCCACCGGCAGUACCAGCUGGUCAAGGCCCACACCAACACCAGCCACGUCAUGCAGUAUGGAAACAAGUCCAUCUCCGCCAUGAAGCUGAUGCAGUUUCAGGGCAUACAGCACAAGACCAGCUCGCCCAUCUCCCUGCCUCCAGUCACGCACCUUGACCUCACGCCCAGCCCUGAAGUACCCCUGAUGAUCUUGAAGAGGAAGCUCAUGGUCACCAAUGACCUGCAUGAGUCCAGGGAGCUCCUCAGCAAGGUCAAUAGGCACCUGGAGGUGAGGUACCUCAUGGAGAAGACCAUGCAGAAGAUCCUGUCCUUGCUGGUGACGUCCGAGGCCGAGCUGGAGCACGCCCUGUCCAUGCGGGCGGAGCUCACACAGUACGACUGCUACCAGGAGGCCGCCAUGUACUUCCGGACACACUGCUUCAACUGGCACUCCUCUACGUAUGAGUAUGCCCUGAGACAUCUGUACGUGCUGGUCAACCUCUGUGAGAAGCCCCAUCCCAUUGACAGAAUCACGGCGGCCAUGGACAAAGUGUGCCGGGGUCGCUACUGAAAAGCUGUCUUCGGGACGCUUUUCCGAGUGUGAACACCUCCGCCUAGAUUGGGAGACCCACCUUCGAUGGAAGAGGUGGCGCAGGAAGAGCCCCCUCCCGCCUGCCCCCAGCCCUCCUGGAGAAUGCAGUUGGGCCCCGCUCUCUCCCCAGGUGGCUUGCUCACCUUAAAUUGUAUGCCCAGCCAUGCUACCGGUCAUGCAUGACGCUCUGGACAACGACCCACCUGGGUGGGGACAGCUCUUGGCGGAGAAGCACACCGGCCUUUGAGGAGGCUCUGUGACUUGACCCGUUCGAAGGAGAAAGACGGUUACUUUGGGUUCCUGUCACCGGUGGAAGGAAGCGUCUUUGCUCCAAGAAAGCACAGAGAGGCGAGGGUGUUCCUGAAACCGGAGCAGAAUCAAUGUAUGGAAGAGGGUCCUGCGCCCCCCGUGGAAACCUACUUUUAGAAAAGAUGAUUUAUGAUUGUGAUUGCUUUUGUAUCUUAGUCUACAAUAAUGGACAAGCCUUGAACAAAUAAAGAUUGGUCACUGA